AUGCCGCCUCAGCCCUCAUCAAAUCGUUCUGUUUUUUUAAAGCUCACACAACCACCACGUGUGGACACGCAGAGUCCGAACAGCAAUCAUCAAUCCCUUUCAAAGUUGAAUCGUGAUGUAUCUGGGAGUUCGUGCUCACAUUCAUCUAAUACUUGUUCCGAUAAUCACAAUUGUCAUCAUCAAGCAAACAAAUCAAAUAUUCCUCAUUAUCGGGGUCACGACAUUCCUAUCUAUUCAAAUCAAACCAUGGAAAUGAUCAACGAUGCAAUAAUAUUAUCCGAAUUAAAAUCACCAACUCCCGACGUUCAUAUAUUAUUUACACAUUUCGAUCAGAAAUAUUUUCGAAACAAACUCAGCACGUGUACUACAUUACGAUGGAGCAACAAAAUGACCUUGUGUGCUGGAAUAUGUUACAGCCAAUACCAAAAAUUAACCAUCACAAAAACCUACACAGGAAAAACUCCGGGUGAUGUUGUAAAAAAGCAGGAGCAGGUGACUCAAAGAGUGUGUACCAUUUCACUUUCUGAAAAGUUACUGAAAUUUAGACCUUCAAUCGACACUAUAUCGACCUUGGUUCAUGAAAUGAUUCAUGCUUUUCUUUUUAUAGAGUCCAAUGUGGUCGACAGGGAAGGCCAUGGAGAUAAUUUUAAAUGGUGGAUGAAUUACAUUAAUCGAGUUGAGGCAAACACUGGAAUUCACAUUACAAUAUAUCACAGUUUUCAUGAUGAAGUUGAUUAUUAUCGUCAACAUCAUUGGAAAUGUACGAAAUGUUCAAUGUUGGUAAAACGAGCUAUGAAUCGUGCUCCAAACAAAUACGACGAUUGGUUUCCAGAUCACGAGAAAAAGUGUGGAGGAGCUUUUAUCAAAAUUAAGGAGCCAGAAAAGAAGGGAGUAGCAUGUGAUUCGAAAAAGAAUUAUUCUGGAAUUGAAAAAUCAAGAAAACUUAUGGAAUCUUUCUUUAAGAAAUCUGUUUCAGCAAAUAGUACAGUUGCAUCCUCGUCAACACUGUCAUUAUCAUCACCUAAAUCAGAAUGCAACACUAUGCCAUCCACAUCAAAUUCACAAAAACCAAAACUGUAUUCAAAGAGAAAAGUAGGAGGGAUAUUGGACACAAAAAACAUUGGUCUUCCGUUGCCCUCCACUACUGAUUCCAAUUCAACGGCACAAAAAAGUGCAGGUGUCAUCUCCCUUAAAAAUCGACACGAUCAUGAUUCUGAAGUAAUUUUAAUUGACGACGAGAAUAGAACAUCCAGUAUGGCCAUUGAAUUACUUGAUUCUAGCGAUGAUGAUCUUGGUGAUUCUAAGUGCACAGAAGUUAUUAUCGAUGACAAUGAUGAUGAUUACAUUCCACCUGAUAAUGUAGUUAUCGUCAACAACAACAACGACAGCAUUAUGAGUGAUAGCAGCAAUGGUGACGAUGUUAUUAUAUUGUAG